CCAGUUCACAAUUAUUAUUACUUUUUUGCUUGAGUCAUUAGAAUCAGAAUGCAUACAGAGUUUAGUCAAGAUCACUUCAAUAAAGAGGAAAAUUUCAGCAAGUAAUGCCAAGAAACUUAACCAUAUCAACUCAGCUGAAAAUACACCAUCCAUUAAGACAUGUGCCUCUGAUGCCUCACACAAAGUUGCUUUGGAACAGCAUGUUAGCAAACAGCGAAGGAAUUUUCUGUCAUUGUCAAAACGGGAGCGUAGGACAUUAAAGUUAAAUGGAAAAAAGUUUUCAGAAGCGGUCAUUCCUCUUCUGUCUCUCUGGGAAAAACAAAGAUGUGACUCCACUCCAAAGGAUGAAAAAUUUCAGCUGAUAGAAAAAAUGUUGGAGAUAGCCAAAGGUAAAUUACCUGCUCUAUGCAUGGCGCAUGAUACCUCUAGGAUUAUCGAAUCCUUAAUCCAGCAUGGCACCGAAGCUCAGCGUUGGCAAAUAUAUGGCGAAUUACGGCCUCAUUUUUUGAAUUUAAUGAAGUCUCGAUACGCUUCCUAUGUGGUUCUCAAGAUAAUCAAAUAUGGUGACGAUAAAUUUCGAAAGGACAUCUUCAAGGUACCCUUACCUUUAUAG